AUGAGACGUCCGCUCUGUGUGUGAUUAGUCAUCCUUAAGCGGCUCCUUCAUGGGUUGCUAGGCAACCGGAAACGCCUCGACGUUAGCAUCUCUCUUUCUGUAACGUUUAGCUUCUCUCUCUCUGUAACGUUUAGCUUCUCUCUCUGUAACGUUUAGCUUCUCUCUCUCUGUAACGUUUAGCAUCACUAAGUUGAGAAGUUUAACAUGGCUGACACAGAUCCAGUUUGUUUAGCUUCACUGGUAUACUUCAUGGGUGAGAAGUUCUAUAGGCAAUCCAUACACACAGCUGAGUGCUAUCUGAACAUGUACAGGCAGGAUCCUGUUCUGCUGUUUUUUAAAGGUUUUGGGAUACUAAUGGAAGGUCGAACCCAGGAGGCCAUGAGAGAGCUGGAACAGGUGAAGGACAAACCCACCGUGGCCAUAUGCUCCAGCAUGGCUCUUAUCUGUGCGCACAAGCGAAGUGAUAUGAUUGAUCACGAGGCUGUGUCAGCGCUGGAGACCCACGUGAGGAAUAUCCGUAAGACAGCAGGAGAGAAGGCCCUGUUCUACGGAGCCCUGUUCCUGUGGCUCAUGGGCCGCGUUGACAAGGCCAAAGACUACAUCGACAAGAUACUAAAGAUAUCCAAGUCCUCAAAAGAGGCGUCCAUCCUAAAGGGCUGGGUGGAUAUGAACUCAGAGGAUGAGUUUCAGAGGGACAACGCUAUCUUCUACCUGGAUGGAGGAGGGCAGCACUCCAGGGAUGUGUUCGGCCUGAUGGGAAAGGCCAAGUACUUUAUGAACAAGCAUAACUUCACUGGAUCCCAGCAGGUGGUGAAUCAGAUAGUGACCUCCCACUCAGACUUCCUCCCUGGUCUGAUGCUGAAGAUGAAGCUGUUCCUGGCUCUACAGGACUGGGAGCAGACCCUGGAUACAGCUGCUAGGAUUUUACAGCAAGAUGGGCGCAAUCUGAAAGCUCUCCAAGUUCUAGCCAUCCAUACCGUUGUGAUGGAUGGGGAUCCGGUCAAGGCCAAAGAACAUCUGCAGGCCCUGGUUAGUGCAGCAGAGGUCUCAGAGCCCUGCUCUCCCAGUCUCCACGUCAGUCUCACCCAGCCCAUCAGCAGACUGUGUGGAGGCAACCCAGAGAUCCUUCAGCUGCUGACUCCAUUUACAGAGAGGGCGUACUCUAAAGCCCCUGGGAAUGCUGAUGUGGCCAAUGAGAUGGGCUACCUUUUGUCACUACAGAAGAAGACUAAAGAGUCCAUCAGGUGGUACUCUGCUGCUCUCAACACUGACAUCAGCAGUGUCCCGGCCCUGGCAGGACUGAUCCGCUGCCAGCUGAUGGACGGCCAGCUACAGGAAGCAGCCAAUCAGCUGGAGUUCCUCAGAGAGAUCCACCAGGCCAUUGGCCAGUCAGCGGAGCUGGUCCUUCUGCAGGCUCUCCUGGUCCACAAGAGAGGGGCGGGGCUGGCGGUGAUGUCACCCUUACUGAAGGAGGCCACCGACCUUCACUUCCUGGACCUGCGAGGGCGACCAAUGGGACCAGACUACUUCCACAGGCUCCAUCCCGACUUUAUUUUCCAAGUGGUCAACCUCUACCUUUCCUUCUUCCAGGAGAAGCCCCUGACAGCAGGUCAGCCCGUCCCCUUUGGCCUGAGUCACUGUGGAAUGGUCCUGCAGCCUGUGGUCCAGAUGGCCCCCGGACUGCUGCUUGGAGCCUACUACAUGGCCCAUAUCAUGUUCCUUUCGGGUGACAGCCAGUCCGCUCAGCAGUUCCUGGAUUUCUGUCUGGAGAGAGACCCGACCAUCGCUGAGGUCCACCUGCUGCAGGCCAGGAUACAUCUCCAUGAGGGAGACUACAACCUCUGCUUUCAGUCUCUGGAGACCGGAGUCAGUCACACCUUCCAGGUGCUAGAUCUCCCCCAGUACCACCUACUGAAAGCCCGUGCAUCGCGGGGUGUUGGGAAGCUAGAGGAGGCCAUCACGUCCCUGAAGGUGGCGAUGAGGAUCCAAGCAGCGGGUGGGAGAGAGGCCCACGUCAGCAACACUCAGCGUGUGUCUGUCUAUCUGGAACUGGCUGAGGCACUGAGACUACACGGAGAACCACAUGAGUCCACCAUGGUGCUGCAGGACGCUGUCGUUGAGUUCGCUGGUACCCCAGAGGAGAUCUGUGUGACAAUAGCUAACGUGGACAUGGCCUUGGCUAAAGAUGACCUGGACACAGCCCUCAGCGUCCUCAGAGGCAUCACACCGGACCAGACACACUACGCAGCGGCCAAGGAGAAGAUGGCCCUCAUAUACCUGCAGAGAUGCAAAGACAAGAAGCUGUACAUAGCCUGCUAUAGGGAGAUCAGAGAUGAACUACCCGGGCCUCAGUCCUCUAUCCUUCUGGGGGACGCCUACAUCAAUAUACAAGAGCCAGAGAGAGCUAUCGAGGUGUAUCGAGAGGCAACGAGAGGGACGGUUCGGGAUGCAACCCUGUCCAGAAAGAUGGGCCAAGCCUAUGUGAAGACCCAUCAGUACAACCAGGCUGUCCGUCACUAUGAGAGUGCAGUGAAGCUGGGCGGUCAUGACUCUCUGGUGGUGGACCUGGUAGAGCUGCUACUGAAGCUGCGUCAGUAUGGCAAGGCCCAGAGGACUCUGAUGACCGCUCUGCACUGUGAUGAUGGAACACUGACCGUCUCCAGCCUGAUGAGCAACGUCCAGUACUUCCUGCUGCUAGCCAGAGCACACUAUGCUGACCAGGGAUCAGUCCAGGACACACUAGAGAAGGCCCACAGCGUCCAGCUGAGCGUCCUGAAGCGUUGUCAGACAGAGAGCCCAGAGCUGCUGGAGCAGGAGAGGACCGUGCUGUGCUCCAUCUGUUGUCAGCUGGCCAGACACUACCGUAGCAGGACCCAUGUAGACAGUACCAAGUAUUACUACAACCAGGCUAUAGUAGCCAUCGGGAGGACAGACAACAAGAUCGGUCUGGAGAUGGCCCAGUUCUACCUGGAGAACGGGAAGACAGAUGAAGCCCUGAUGCAGGUAGAGGAGGUGCUGGGAAAGCAUGCCUUCCACCCUGACGCCACAAUGGUGUACGGAGAUAUCAAGUUGAAGGAGGAGAAGUUUGAUGAGUCUGUGGAGAUUUACCUUGGACUGAUGGACAGAUGCCCAGGUAACUACGUGUUCCUGGCCAAGUGUAUCCAGGUGCUGAGACGGUCAGCCAGACUGGAUGACGCCCUGGCCUUGUUUCAAGCCUGUGAGCUCCACGACCACGGAGCGACCACUGAGCCUGGAUAUAACUACUGUAAAGGCCUUUACUACUGGCAUGUGUACAGGGUGAGUGAGGCUCUGUUCCAUCUGAAUAAGGCCCGGCGGGACAACGAGUGGGGAGAUCAGGCUAUGGAGCUCAUGAUCCGCAUCUGUCUCAACCCAGACAACGAGGUCAUCGGAGGGGAGGUGUUUGAGACACCCCAGGAGGAGUGGAGUACGAGCCAACUGGGCGGGGCUGAGCACAGGGAGCAGGUGGGCGUGGCCACGGCCCAGAACCUGGUGAAGGAGUUCCGCCCACGUCAGGGGUCAUCAGGAGGUCAGCGGUCAGACGGAAUCACCUUGCUGGUCAACCUCUGCCUCAUGGCCACCAGAGACCCCAAACACAUCCAGAAAGCCCUGCAGGCCUUCACUGAGCUGGCCUCUACUAAGGUGAACAACGUUCCCUACCUGCUUGCGAUGGGCCAGGCCUUCAUGCUGCUAAAACAAACUCCUCGGGCCAGGAACCAGCUCAAGAGGCUCACCAAGGUGGAGUGGAGCUGGGAGCUGUCAGAGGACCUGGAGGCAGCCUGGUUGCUGCUGGCUGAUGUUUACAUCAAGUCUGGGAAGUAUGAUAUCGCCUCUGAUCUACUGCAGCGCUGUAUUAAAUACAACCAGUCGUGCAGCAGAGCGUAUGAGUACAUGGGCUACAUUAGGGAGAAGGAACAGUCGUACCAUGAUGCAUCAGUGUUCUACGAUCACGCCUGGCUCUACACGAACAGAGUGAACCCCAGCAUGGGUUUCAGACUGGCCUUCAACUACCUGAAGUUCAAGCAGUACAACGAGGCCAUAGAGGUUUGUCACAAGGGGUGAUCUGUGCUUCCCCAACGACAGGCAGACAGCGGCGGUGGUGGUGGGACGACAGGAUGCUGGUCACUACCCAUGGAACUGGCUUGAAACACAUUCCAAAAACACUAUGGGCCCACACUUGGAAAGAUAAGCAGUCAUUAAAAUGUGUAAACAGUUUCAAAAUGUGAAUCAGCCAAUUUAAAUCGUUGAUUUACUUGCAAGUGACAAAAUGCUAAAUUGUAGCUGGUCCCAUCAGAUAACAUGGCACGUGUUAGCCUAUGCUAACCUCAGGUGGUAGUGAUUAUAUCCUGGAACAAAUUCUUCAUCAGCAUAUCAAAGAUGUUAGACUUUAUAUCCACCAACCAAUGGUAUUUCUUAAAAUGGGUCAACCCUGGCCACUAGAGGGAUAUUUUAAACCUACAAAUUCAAUGUUUAAUCCUUUCCUACCAGUCUCCUGUCAGGUCCUUUCCUACCAGUCUCCUGUCAGGUCCUUUCCUACCAGUCUCCUGUCAGGUCCUUUCCUACCAGUCUCCUGUCAGGUCCUUUCCUACCAGUCUCCUGUCAGGUCCUUUCCUACCAGUCUCCUGUCAGGUCCUUUCCUACCAGUCUCCUGUCAGGUCCUUUCCUACCAGUCUCCUGUCAGGUCCUUUCCUACCAGUCUCCUGUCAGGUCCUUUCCUACCAGUCUCCUGUCAGGUCCUUUCCUACCAGUCUCCUGUCAGGUCCUUUCCUACCAGUCUCCUGUCAGGUCCUUUCCUACCAGGUCAUGUAGUAACAGUCUCACUGUGGUCAGUCUGCUCCUUCUGUGUAUUUUAUUGUACUGCAUUGCAUUGCAUUGCAUUGCAUUGCAUUGUAUUGUAUUGUAUUGCAUUGCAUUGUAUUUAAGUGCUGCACUUCCCUCCAAAACUAAAGAGUGAAGAAAUGUC